ACUGAUUUCUUGCAGCAAAGUUGAGAGCUUGUUCAUUAAACUUGGUAAAAUGACGGUCAACAAAGUUCUGGGGCAGUGCAGACCUUCAAGGCCUGAUUUAGAUCAGGAAUAUAAAUCCAGAGUUUCGUCUCUACAGCUUGGUAACCAAGUAAAGCCUAGCAUUGAUGCAGUGAACUAUGAUAAUGGAGGGAAUGGCAGCACAACAUCUAACGAUACAAAUAAACCAGCGUUCUACUGCAUUGAGAAGAGUAAAGCUGUAGCCGUAAAGACUGAUGGUAUUAGAGAUAAGGAUGGUGUAGAAGAUGACAUGGACACAGGCAGAAAUCAACAACAACCUGUAGUGGUUCUGGUGUAUCCUCCAGCUCCAAUGAAAGGAAGAAUCAUAUUACAUGAGGUGGAUCUCAAGUGCCUACAGGAAGGAGAAUUUCUUAAUGAUGUCAUUAUUGACUUCUACAUUAAAUACCUUGUCAACCAGGUCCUGAGUGAAAGUGAUCGGCAGAAAACAUUUGUACUUAGUUCGUUCUUCUAUGGACGUUUAAUGCGCCGUGAGUAUGGUCGUGACAAAUCAUCAAGAGAUGCUACACUAUCUCGAAUGGAGAAGCGCCAUCAGAAAGUGUGUACCUGGACAAGAAAUGUCGACAUCUUCCAGAAGGACUUCAUCAUUAUACCCAUCAAUGAACAUUCUCAUUGGUAUGUGGCAAUAAUCUGCUACCCUGGUCUUGUUGCUGAUACUGGUUUUUUGAAGGAAUGCAAAAGAUCUUCCCCCCAGAAUUCUCCAGAGGCUACUUCAUCUGGUAUAUUAGAGCAAAGCACACAUGAGAGAAUUGAGAUUCAAGGACAAGGUGUUGGUGAUACCGGAGUGGAUAACCCUGCAACUAGCUCAUUAUCACCAUUUUGUUUUAGUCAACAAGAAACACAGAACCAGGAGGAGCCAAUGGAAGUAGAUAAGAAUCAUAAGAUCACAGUAACCAAAAAUUUGGUCACAGAUUUAUUUAGAAACUGUUCACCUGGAAAGAGUAACAACAAACAAGAAGCUGCAUGUGAAGUUAAACACCAACGUGAUUCUUCAAUAGGUGCUGAUGAUUGCAUGUACUCUCAGUAUCAAACAGUUCACUGCAAGAGACCCUGCAUUCUAAUAUUUGAUUCACUUGGAGGACCCAGUAGGAGGAAUGUCAUUCAGAAUCUCAGAGAAUAUCUGACAGUUGAAUACGAAACAAGAAAGAACAGUCAUUGUGUAUUUGAUGCUAAAACAAUCAAAGGCUGCCAACCCAAAGUGCCUCAGCAAAAUAACUUUAGCGACUGUGGGAUAUUUCUUCUGCAAUAUGUACAGAUGUUCUUUCAGAAGCCCAUUAACAAUUUGUCUAUACCAAUCAAGGGUUUAGACAAAUGGUUCCGAGAUGCCACUGUGAGUAGGAAGCGCAGUGAGAUUCUUUGCUUGAUAUAUGAACUCAAGAAGCAUCACGAUGCCAAAAAAGGUGACCUUACAUAGUUGCUCCGUUUAUAUAGUGCGCUUAUAAUAUUUAAAUACUUCAUGCUGUUCAUUAACAACUGGCAAAAAGUUCCAAUGCAGAAAAUAUUCUAUAUAUAAAA